CAUAGGCUGUGGGCGGAGUGUCCGUCACCGGUUGACCUACCAAACUCAGCUGUCAGCUGUGUUUCUACAUUGUAAAGAUGGCAGGAAACAACUCUUAUACUAUAGUAGAAUACUUUGGAGGGGAUGAUGGAUACCGCUGCGGUUACUGCAAAAAUGACAAGGGAAACUUCUCUCACGGAAUGUGGUCUCAUUCUAUGACCGUACAAGACUACCAAGAUUUAAUUGAUCGGGGAUGGAGAAGAAGUGGAAAAUAUGUUUACAAGCCCAUAAUGAAGAAGACAUGCUGUCCUCAGUAUACCAUCAGGUGUCAUGCACUGAAUUUCCAGCCUUCUAAAUCUCAUAAGAAAAUCCUGAAGAAAAUGAGCAAAUAUAUUUCUAAAGGAGACCUGCCUGCAGCACAGGAGGAUGGGGAGCCAAUGGAUUCUGUCUGCGAAGAAGCUGGUCCACGGGAACCUACUAAAGUCUGUCAGUCAGAUUUAAAAGUUGAUGCUAGUGCAGAUAUUAAAGAUGAAAUACCAAACUGUUCUGCUGCUGAAGAAGUUCAGAAAAACUCGGUGGAUUCUACAGCUGGAAGCUCAGAAAAUUCCCAGAAUGAUUCAGCUUCUGUCUCAGAAGGGGGAACAGAUGCCAAAACUCCUAACCCAGGGUUGGGAGCAGAUCCUAGCCGUCCGCCCAGCAGAAAGGCCAAAGAUUUAAGAAGGGAGCGUCGUCUUCAGAAAGACCAGAAAAGACAACAUGGUGCUGGAGUCUCGCCAGCAAAGCCUGCCCAUACUAACCAAACCAAAACACUGGAGGAGUUCAUCAGCGAGUCCUUAGAGGACAGCUCCUCUGAUCGCCUUGAGGUGAGGCUAGUGCGCUCCAAUCCCCCUAACCCGCAGUUCAAAGCCUCUUUCGACGCCUCCUACCAGGUGUACAAACUCUACCAGAUGGCCAUUCACAAGGAUCCUCCUGACAAACCCUCCGAGAGCCAGGUGAGGCUAGUGCCGGUGAACUUUGAGGACCCCCAGUUCUCUGCGUCGUAUCAACAAUCGGCGGCUCUGUACGCCCGCUACCAGAUGGCCAUUCAUGGUGAUGACCCAAGUGAAUGUAGAGAGAGUGAGUUCCGGAGAUUUCUUUGUGAUUCACCACUAGAGGCAGAACAUUCUCCUGAUGGACCGGAGAUGGGAUACGGCUCCUUCCAUCAACAGUACUGGCUGGAUGGACGCAUCAUAGCCGUGGGAGUGAUUGACAUCUUGCCUACAUGUGUGUCUUCUGUCUACCUCUACUACCACCCAGACUUUACAUCGCUGUCUUUAGGGUCCUACUCUGCUCUCAGGGAGAUUGCUUUCACCAGGAAACUGCAGAAACAGUCCACCAAGCUGUGCUACUACUACCUGGGCUUCUAUGUUCACUCCUGCCCCAAGAUGCGCUACAAGGGACAGUAUCGGCCCGCUGACCUCCUCUGCCCAGAAUCCUACACUUGGGUUUCUGUGGAGCAAUGCAUACCGCUGCUCAACAACUCCCGCUAUGCUCGAUUAAAUCAGGACCCUGAUGCAGGAGACUCUCAGGCGGUCAAGGAUGUGGGCAGAGCGCUGGUGCUGCACAAGCGCACCGUCAUGCCCUACAUAGUGUACAGCCGCAAAUUCAAGGGCCGCAGCGACACGGCCGAGGUGCAGGAGUACGCCAGCUUGGUCGGUCAGGACUGUGCAGAAAGGAUCUUACUCUACCGCUCCUGAACACGGAGCAUCGUCCCACUGCCACCUCGCCCUGGAGAAUCAUCGGUUUCCUUUGUCUCUUAAAGAGCUCCCUGCUGCAGCCUCACUACGCUUGCUUCAACACGAUCUACUGUGAGCAGGUACCUAGUCAUACAUACAGCCCAGUCAAUAAGAAUAUCAAUGAAAAGCUCAUUUAAAUCAGAAAGUAGUGUUUUGCAAACAGUGGCAUUUUAAUGAUUAUGGCUUACAGCUAAAAAAAAAAAACAUUCUUUAGGAAUAUUAAUUAUACACGAGAUAAAAAAAUAUUAGUGCAGAGGAUUCCUAUUUCCAUAUUCCUUCUUUGUUAUUUAUAUGUACAUAUGCAUAACUUUAUCUUUCAUUCACUUGACGGAAGAAUUUCACCCAACAAUAUUAAAAUCUCAAAGAUGGAUUCAUGCAUUUUCAAGGAAACCUAAAGGGUCAUUUUGUUUUGUCUUUUUUUGGCUUCUAGCCCAGUUUAAUCUUGUUUUAUCCUGCACCUUUCGUGUUUAAACUGAGCACGAAUUUACGGGGUCAGACAAUUGUUGUGUUUAAAAACAAUCAUUUUUAAACAGAACAAAUGUAUAAAAGUUUACAAACUGUCAAAGCAUUGAAACAGCUGAUAUGAGCUAAUCCAGAAGGCAACAAAAGCAGGGAACAGCUCUUUAUCAAGUGUGUUGUUUCAGGAUUUGUAAA